AAAUCUUAGAAAGAAGCCCUCAUCUCCUAAAAAGGAAAAAAAGAAAAGCAUGAUAGAAAAAGGGUGAAAUUAGUGGAAGCAUUUUGUUAACGCUGCAAUUGUAGAAAAGACAUCAGAAAAUCCGUUGUGCUACAAUAACAAUUCAAUGGCGUUAUGAACCAAUUUUCCAUCGCCAUGAAUUACACCAAUUGGGCUGAAAUUCAACAAAACCCUAACCCUAAUUCUGAUUUUUCAGUGCUGCUGCACGCCCCGAAUCACUCCCUUCAAAAUCUCCCUCCCGAUCCCUACCAACAGUUACAUGUCCCUUCCCACACUGCAUUCUUCCUCCCUCCUCAGCCUCGACCGCCGGGCGUUGACCUGCCCUACGUGCCGCCGCCGGUGCCCGUCACCUACGCGCCGCCGCCGCAGCCCGUCACCUACGUGCACCAACCGAGUUUUGAGGCUCAGCAGGGUGCAGAUGCAGCUGCGGCUGCUUCUGCUUAUUAUCAUCCGGACCCAAAUGUGAGCUGGGUAGCUGCUAUCCCGCAGUUUGGGGCGACUCCAUAUGCCGCUGGUGUAAGUAGUACACCUAAUCCAGUAAUUCAACCACAAAGAAGAUAUACUUGGAAAAAAGCCCCUAAGAAGACGAAGGUCGUGCAGUCUGCUUGGUGUGAGGUUUGCAAAGUUGACUGUAACAGCAAGGGUGUUCUUGAUCAGCAUAAAUUGGGGAGGAAGCACCUAAAAAAUCUUCAAAAAUUAGUAGCAGCAACUCCAACGAUAUCUGCUCCCAUCUUUGCAGCCCCCAUCUCUGCAAUUACAGUCAACCCCCCUACUAGUAUUGCAGUCCCUCCUGCCACUAUUGUGAUGUCCACAUCUUUGCCAGUCCCCACACCAGCACCAGCUCCAGCUCCCAUUCCAGCAUCAGCUUCUGCAAGUGAACCAGUCAUCGGACCACAAGAGAAUCCGGUGAUAACCAAAUCUAAAUCUCAAAAAUCCCGGAAGAAGGCAGCUGCUCGGACUGAAGAUCUGGAAACGAAAAGAAGAAAAGUUUUGGAAGGAGGAGCGGCAGCUAAUUCUGUGCGUGCGUGUAACAUAUGCAACGUGGUGUGCAACAGCGACACGGUUUUCAAUUAUCACAUUGCUGGUCAAAAACAUGCUUCGAUGGCCAAGAAGCACGCGAGAGCAGGAGUUGCUGCUUCUGCCAUGUGAGGUAGGUUGGUUUAGUCAGUGGAGAGAUUUCUGAUGAACUAACUGUAUAUACCAUUUUCUCAUUUCGUUCAGGCGUAGUCCCUGACUAUAAUUUUCGAAUCAAAUCAUAGCCUUUGAUUCCUGAUUCUCUACAUUAAUUUUAGGAUUUGUUCCUCAGUUUUAAAUCGAACUAACGCUCACAACUUCCUGUCUCCACUCUGUACGAUGACUCAAAAACAUGUAUAGAAAUAUGCUCUGUUGGUUAA